CCGACCCCCGCCGCUCCCGAACGCCAUGAGCCUGGGUCCCUGCCGCGCCCGCUCCGCUCCGACCGCCGCCGCCGCCGCCGCCGAGGCCCCAGUUGAUGCCGCAGAGCUCCCCCAACGCCGCCGCCACCGCCUCCGACAUGGACAAGAACAGCGGCUCCAGCAGCUCCUCCGCCUCUUCGGGCAGCAGCAAAGGGCAACAGCCGCCACGCUCCGCCUCGGCGGGGCCGGCCGGCGAGUCUAAACCCAAGAGCGAUGGAAAGAACUCAAGUGGAUCCAAGCGUUAUAAUCGCAAACGUGAACCUUCCUGCCCCAAAAAUGAAAAUUUUAGCAACCAGUCCCGUCGCUCCAAUUCACAGAAAAGCAAAACUUUUAAUAAGAUGCCUCCUCAAAGGGGCGGCGGCAGCAGCAAACUCUUUAGCUCUUCUUUUAAUGGUGGAAGACGAGAUGAGGUAGCAGAGGCUCAGCGGGCAGAGUUUAGCCCUGCCCAGUUCUCUGGUCCAAAGAAGAUCAACCUGAACCACUUGCUGAAUUUCACUUUCGAACCCCGUGGCCAAGCGGGUCACUUUGAAGGCAGUGGACAUGGCAGCUGGGGGAAAAGGAACAAGUGGGGACAUAAGCCUUUCAACAAGGAACUCUUUCUACAGGCCAACUGUCAGUUUGUGGUGUCUGAAGACCAAGACUACACAGUUCAUUUCGCCGAUCCUGAUACCUUAGUCAGUUGGGACUUUGUGGAACAAGUGCGUAUUUGUAGCCAUGAAGUGCCAUCUUGCCCAAUAUGCCUAUAUCCACCUACUGCAGCCAAGAUAACCCGUUGUGGACACAUCUUCUGCUGGGCAUGCAUUCUGCACUAUCUUUCACUGAGUGAGAAGACCUGGAGUAAAUGUCCCAUCUGUUACAGUUCUGUGCAUAAGAAGGAUCUCAAGAGUGUUGUUGCCACAGAGUCUCGUCAGUAUGUUGUUGGUGAUACCAUUACAAUGCAGCUGAUGAAGAGGGAGAAAGGGGUGUUGGUGGCCUUGCCCAAAUCCAAAUGGAUGAAUGUAGACCAUCCUAUUCAUCUAGGAGAUGAACAGCACAGCCAGUACUCCAAGUUGCUGCUGGCCUCUAAGGAGCAGGUGCUGCACCGAGUAGUUCAGGAAGAGAAGAUAGCACUAGAGCAGCAGCUGGCAGAGGAGAAGCACAGUCCCGAGUCCUGCUUUAUUGAGGCAGCCAUCCAGGAGCUCAAGACUCGGGAAGAAGCUCUGUCAGGAUUGGCUGAAAGCAGAGGGGCAGUCGCUGGUGUUGUGGCUACUCUGGAACAACUGGUGCUGAUGGCUCCCUUGUCGAAGGAGUCUGUUUUCCAACCCAGGAAGGGAGUGCUAGAGUACCUGUCUGCUUUUGAUGAAGAAACCGCCGAAGUCUCUUCUCUGGGCUCCUCUUGUCCUCCUGGUCUCCCUCUGGUGGAGGAAGAGGAAGCACUGUCUGAGCCGGAGCCUGAGGGGUUUUCUGAGCCCUGUGAUGACUCGAAGUUAGCAAAUGACAAUCUUGGAGAGGGGACCACUUGUACCGAGUCAAGCCAACAGGAACCCAUCACCAGUUCAGACUUCACACGCCUGAGCAGCUCUCCUUGUUACUACUUUUACCAGGCGGAAGAUGGGCAGUACAUGUUCCUGCACCCUGUGAACGUGCGCUGCCUCGUGCGGGAGUACGGCAGCCUGGAGCAGAGCCCUGAGAAGAUCUCAGCGACGGUGGUGGAGAUCGCUGGCUACUCCAUGUCUGAGGAUGUUCGACAGCGUCAUAGAUAUCUUUCUCACUUGCCACUCACAUGCGAGUUCAGCAUCUGUGAACUGGCUCUGCAGCCUCCUGUGGUCUCUAAGGAAACCCUAGAGAUAUUCUCAGAUGACAUUGAGAAGAGGAAGCGUCAGCGCCAGAAGAAGGCUCGGGAGGAGCGCCGUCGAGAGCGCAGAAUUGAGAUGGAAGAGAACAAGAAACAGGGCAAGUACCCAGAAGUUCACAUUCCCCUGGAGAAUCUACAGCAGUUUCCUGCCUUCAAUUCCUAUACUUGCUCCCCUGAUUCUGCUUUGGGUCCCACCAGCACUGAGGGCCAUGGGGCUUCCUCCGUUUCUCCUCUUAGCAGAAGUCCGGGUUCCCAAACAGACUUUCUGCUGACACCUGUGUCACCCACUGCCAGUCAGGGCAGCCCUUCAUUCUGCAUUGGGAGUCUGGAAGAAGAUUCUCCCUUCCCUUCUUUUGCCCAGAUGCUGAGAGUUGGAAAAGCAAAAGCAGAUGUGUGGCCCAAAACUGCUCCAACGAAAGAUGAAAACAGCUUAGUCCUUCCUGCCACUGUGGACAGCGAUGGGGAGAGUGAUAACUCGGACCGCGUUCCCGUGCCCAGUUUCCAAAAUUCUUUCAGCCAAGCUAUUGAAGCAGCCUUCAUGAAACUGGACACGCCAGCUACUUCGGAUGCCCUCUCUGAAGAGAAAGGAGGAAAGAAAAGAAAAAAACAGAAACAGAAGCUUCUGUUCAGCACCUCAGUCGUCCACACCAAGUGACACUACUGGCCAAGGCUACCUUCUCCAUUUGGUUUUCUUUUUUCCGUGCUUCUGUUUUGCUGCUGUAAUUUUUAAGUAUUUGAGUUUGAACAGAUUAGCUCUGGGGUUGGGGGGGAGGGGGUUUCCACAACGUGAGGGGGAACCAAGAUGAUUUUAAAUACAGUGUAUUUUCCAGCUUCCCGUCUUUACACCAAAAUAAAGUAUUGACACUCACAAGAGAUCUCUUCCUGCCAAGGUUAUUAGUUUGUUGCCAGGUUAGUCUUUUUGGCCCACGCGUAAUUAUUUUUCACAACCCCUAAUGAGUUUGAGUCCCUUAACAUCCCAAGCCAGAGCGUUAAGCAGCGCUGCUUUGCUCUGACAUCAGGUGUCAGGGCAUCAUGGUUUCCACACACCUAUCAGUGUGUCUUCUAAAAAUAGUUGAAUCUUUUCUAUCUGUUCAGUUCUUUUAAGGAAACAGAGGGAUGGGAAUAAAAUGGAUUUCGGCUACCCUGCUUGAAUUGCAGCUUUUCGUCUGACAUGGCCAGGCUGUGGGGCCAGACCUGGGUUGCACUUGCAUGUGUGAUUGAGGGUUUUGUCUAGUGCACGUGGCUGCUGUUUGGCAAGGGAAGGUGUAACUGUCACUAAGGAAGCCGUGGGACAUGCCAACCUUUAAAUCAAACUUGUUUCAAGUGACAGCGCCCUGAGUUGCGGGAACAGAGGAGCUCAGCGCACCUGGAGGCAGAGCAGGGCACGCUGGGAAGCAGUGGGGUUGCCACUGCCUCCCUAUUGUCUAGUCUUACGCCUUGGUUUGAGCUCAAUUUGAGUGAUGUGAAUUCUUUUGCUGCUUAAUAAAGUAACCUUUAGGUGUACUAGGAUGAAGGCAACCAGUUGAAAUAAAUUACCUGCACAAGCAAUGUGAGCUUUCUGUUU